CGGACACGCGCAUGUGCACACUGGCCCUCGAACCCGCCCCCUGGAGACGCCGGGCGUCGCUAACGACCGGUGCUGGCUGCGCGGGGGCCCUUCCGGAAGAAAAGUGCCUGGGUACCCGGAGCGGGCUUCCAGGAAGGAUUUUGCCACCUACUACCACUCUCAGCUGAAGACUGGUGAUGCCCAGGCCAGACUAAGGCCACCCUGUGAGAGGAGGCAUCUGAAACUCAGAGAGGUUCAGUAACUUGCCGAAGGCCACACAGCUAAUCAGUGGGAUACCUGGACCUGCUCUACUCCAGAGACUGUCCCUUAAGCACCACUCUGUGCUACCUCUCUUGGUAAAUGCCCACUGAGACCCUCCAAAGUAACACUUCUACGCACCCCUCUGGCUCCAGGUGCCCACCAGCCGGUCACCAGUAUGCAGGAAUCCCUAGCAACACCAGCACCCUCAACUCCCAGCCUGUCCUUCAUGUCCAUCCAGGACCAACCCUCCACUACAGGUGAAGUUUUGAGCUCAAGUCCACAGCUCUCAAAGCCCUCAGUCCCACCCCCUGUGAAGUCCAGGGGCCCGAAUUCUGGGGCUGGUGCACGUUGGAUGCGCAGGAUUAUCGCCGAGGAUGCUGAGUGGUCACUGGCCAUUGUGCCCCUGCUCACAGAGCUCUGCAUUCAGAACAUUGUCAAGAACUUCCAGAACAACCCCAUCCUGACGCAGCUGCUCCCAGAGCACCAGCAGAAGGUCCUGAACUACCUGUCUCCUGACCUGCCACUGGCUGUGACCGCCAACCUGAUCCACGACGAGAGCUACUGGCGCCGCUGCUGCAUGCAUCGCUGGCCUGUGUGCCACGUGGACAGCCACGGCGGCAGCUGGAAGUGUAUGUUCUUCGAGCGGCACCUGGAGAACCUGCUGAAGCACUUCAUCCCAGGCACCACGGACCCCGCGGUGAUCCUGGACCUGCUGCCGCUCUGCAGGAACUACGUGCACAGGCUGCGUGUGGAUCAGUUCCUUCCGCCCGUGCGUCUGCCUCCCCCGCCGCGGAGUGAGUACCAGUCCGACUCCGGCAGCGAGGGAGAGACGGAGGAGCCCACCAGGGACCACUACCAGCUGAAUGACCUGGUGGCUGGCCUGAGCCAGUUGGAGGAGCUGGACCUGGUGUACCGUGUCAAGGACUGUGGCAUGAAUUUCGAGUGGAACCUCUUCCUCUUCACCUACCGUGACUGCCACUCCCUGGCGGCUACCAUCAAGGCAUGCCACACUCUCAAGGUCUUCAGGUUGACCCGAAGCAAGGUGGACGACGACAAGGCACGCAUCCUCAUCCGCAGCCUCCUGGACCACCCGGCCCUCGAGGAGCUGGACCUGUCACACAACCUCAUUGGGGACCGUGGUGUGCGCGCGGCCGCCAAGCUGCUGAGCCACAGCCGCCUGCGUGUGCUCAACCUGGCCAACAACCAGGUGCGGGCACCCGGUGCCCAGACACUGGCUCAUGCCCUGGCACACAACACCAGCCUCCUUUCCCUCAACCUGCGCCUCAAUUGCAUAGAGGACGAAGGCGGCCAGGCACUUGCCCACGCCUUGCAGACCAACAAGUGCCUCACCACGCUGCACCUUGGCGGCAACGAGCUGUCGGAGCCCACGGCCACGCUGCUCUCCCAGGUGCUGUCCGUCAACACCACGCUCACCAGCAUCAACCUGUCCUGCAACCACAUAGGACUGGAUGGUGGGAAGCAGCUCUUGGAAGGCAUGUCAGACAACAGGACUCUGCUGGAGUUUGACUUGCGCCUGUCUGAUGUGGCCCAGGAGAGCGAGUACCUCAUUGGACAGGCUCUCUGUGCCAAUCGUGAAGCAGCCCGCCAGAGGGGCUUGAAUGCCAGCCACUUCAUGUCCCCACUCACUGCCAAGGGCCCUGAGAACCCUUCAAGAUAAGAUGAGGGCUAGAGCUGGGCAGUAACCAG